AUGAGCACCAGAACUGUAGAACUGAAACCCUUUACCGACCAGAAGCCCGGAACUUCCGGGCUUCGCAAGAAGGUCAAGGUCUUCCAGCAGGAAAACUACAGCGAGUCAUUCGUUACUAGCAUCCUCCUCUCAAUCCCAGAGGGUGUCGAUGGCAGCACUCUGGUCAUCGGCGGCGAUGGACGAUACUGGAAUCCCGAGGUGAUGCAGGUGAUCGCCAAGAUUGGUGCUGCGUACGGCGUCAAGAAGCUUAUCAUCGGUCAAAACGGCAUCCUCAGCACACCAGCCGCUAGCCAUGUCAUCAGGAUACGGAAAGCGACGGGUGGUAUCCUGCUCACGGCGAGUCACAAUCCUGGCGGCCCCAACGAAGAUUUCGGCAUCAAGUACAACCUUGCAAACGGCGCACCAGCACCCGAAAGCGUCACAAACAAGAUAUUCGAGACGUCGAAGAACCUCACGUCGUACAAGAUCGCCGACAUCCCCGACGUUGACCUGUCAUCAAUCGGCUCCAACACCUAUGGCCCGCUCGAAGUCGAGAUCAUUCACUCCACAAAGGACUACAUGGAGAUGCUCAAGGACAUCUUCGACUUCGACCUUAUCAAGUCCUUUCUCAAGGAGCACUCCGACUUCAAGAUCUUGUUCGACGGCUUGAGCGGCGUCACGGGCUCUUACGGCAUUGACAUCUUCGAGAAGGAGCUGGGCCAGGAAGGCAGCACGCAGAACUGCAUACCGAAGCCCGACUUCGGUGGUCACCACCCGGAUCCCAAUCUCGUCUAUGCUCACUCGCUCGUUGAGGCGGUAGACAAGAACGGCAUUCACUUCGGUGCCGCCUCAGAUGGCGACGGUGACCGCAACAUGAUCUACGGCGCGAACAGCUUCGUUUCGCCGGGUGACAGCUUGGCCAUCAUCGCACACCACGCCAAGCUCAUCCCCUACUUCAAGAAACAGGGCGUCUACGGCCUGGCACGCAGCAUGCCCACCUCCGGCGCCGUCGACCUUGUCGCCAAGAAGCAAGGUUUGGAGUGCUACGAGGUACCCACCGGCUGGAAGUUCUUCUGCGGUCUGUUUGAUGCGGACAAGAUGAACAUCUGCGGCGAGGAGAGCUUCGGCACGGGCAGCAACCACAUUCGUGAGAAGGACGGCCUCUGGGCAGUCGUUGCCUGGCUCAACAUCAUCGCUGGUGUCGGCCAGGAGACUGGUACCACACCGAGCAUCAAGUCCAUCCAGAAGGACUUCUGGAAGAUUUACGGCCGCACGUUCUUCACCCGCCACGAUUUCGAGGGCUGCGAAACCGAUGGUGCCAACAAGAUGACUGCGCACAUGAAGGAGCUCAUCACAACCAAGAAAGACGAGUUCGUAGGCUCAAGCAUCGCUGGCCGGAAAGUGCUCGAGGCGGAUGACUUCGCUUACACUGAUCUCGACGGCAGUGUCAGCAAGAAUCAGGGCAUCUACGUCAAGUUCGACGAUGGCAGCCGCAUCGUCGUGAGAUUGUCUGGUACGGGCAGCAGCGGCGCGACCAUCCGUCUCUACAUUGAGAAGCACGAGACUGAUGAGAGCAAGUACGACAUGGAUGCGCAGGACUACUUGAAGGAUAACAUCAAGCUGGCGACGGACCUGCUGAAGAUGAAAGAAUUCGUAGGAAGGGACGAGCCAACGGUGAUAACCUGA